AGGAUUGCGUUCGUUUGUGCAUGCCACUGCAUGCAUCGCAGGCACCAAUAUGGACUUGGCUCUUCUUUACUACACAGGCCUGUUGCUGGGACUUUGCACAGCAGCUGAAACAGAUACCUCUAGAGUAGUGGGUUCCCCAGACACCAGUCCACCACCUACCCACCCUUCCUUCACCUCCGGCUGACGAGAUGCCGUCUUUUUCCAACGAGGAACUGACCCUGCUCCCUGAGCGGCCGGUCCAGCUCAUCCACCCCUGACCCCAACCACCAUCGACACCUGGAGAUCAUCAGCAGCAACGUCCGCCUCCUCCACCACAUCCACACCGCGGUCGCCGUGGUGGCCGUGGUCGGAAAGUUCCACUCGGGAAAGUCUUUCCUCCUCAACCAGCUCAUGGGGAAGCAGGAGGGGUUUGGAGUCGGGCCGUCUGUCAGACCUCACACCAUGGGCAUCUGGAUGUGGGGGAAGCCAAUGAUGGCAAAGCUUCCAUCAGGAGAACCGCUGUCUGUCAUUUUCCUUGACACUGAAGGGUUUGCUGCUAGCAAUAUAUCGGAGACCUACGAUGCCAAGAUAUUCUCCGUGGCAACUCUGCUGAGCUCUUACCUCAUCUAUAACUCAGUCAAGAUCAUUGAUCAAGGAGACAUUGACUACCUGGAGCUGUUGGCCAGGAGAACACAGCUGUUUGCUCUGAGAUCUCAGAUGACAAAGUCAAAGUGGUUUGAAGAGUUCAAUCAUGACCUUCUCCGGUUCCCUCCGCUGGUCUGGGUGGUGCAGGACUUUGUGCAGCAGACAGCAGAUGAAGAGAGUCCCACAGAGUGGCUCCACCAGAUCAUGGAGACCAGCAGUAGAGAGGAGGGAGACUAUGACAUCAACCUCUUAGGGAUAUUUGACACGGUUGACUGUCACACUCUGUUCCUGCCAGCCACAAAGAAACACCUGCUUCAAGACCUGUCAAAGGCCACUGAAGAGGAAUUGACACCAGAGUACAAGGAAGAGAGAGACAGACUCACACACAAGCUAAAGACUGGGCUGGUCCCCAAGGAGAAGAACGGGCGUCCUAUUACUGGUCCUGAGCUGGCAACUCUACUGGAGAUUCUGGUGACUGCAGCUAAUGAGGGAUCACUAGCUGAGAUCCCAGGGAGGUGGCAGGUGUUCAUCGACCAGCUCCAGAGCAGUGCCCUGGAAGACUGUGCAGCCUUCUAUGAGUCUGACAUCCACAUGCUGCUGAGUAGCUACGAGAACAGUGCCGUCAAUGAGACUGAACUACUGGAGUGGCAUUAUUCCUCUCUGGAUAAAGCAACCACCUUGCUGAAACAGCUCCUGUUUGGGUUGGAGGAGGCAAUCGUAGAGGCAGUGAAUGGACUCAACACCACAUCCACUGAGAAGUUUGAGAAGAUCUGGGACCUCAACGAGAAGAAGAUCCAGCUCAAGUGUGGAGAAGUGCAACGACAAUUGGAGUUGGAGGCAGAAGAGAAGCUGCAAGUGCCCGUGCUGCCCAUGAAGACACAUGGCCUUGUCAGAGAGCAGGAACAGGUGCGAGAGGCUUGUGUCACCUCUUACCGAGAUCAAGUUGGCCACCUGAGAGACAACGCUGCAUUUGAGAGACAGCUCUCUCAACUCCAGACUGGGUUGCGGUACAUCUUUGGUGCAGUCACUCUAAAGAACAACGUGGCAAUGGAGGAACUUCUCCACUCCUCCAUGAACUGGCAUUGGAAAAGUUCCGAGAGGGGUGCACUAACCAGAACAGGCUACCACGCACAACUUCAGCCUUCCAGACUACUGUCAAGACUGCCUCCAGCAGAGCCACAGUGGUAUAUAUGUCUCAAAGACCUUUGUGUGUCUGUGCUUAUCACUAAGUACAGUUGUACUUAGUUUAUAGGGAUCCCAAUACAUUUGAGAUUUCAUUUUACUGUGUACUACAAUAAGGUGUUUGAAGAGAGCAGUGUCUUUGCUCAUGAAGAAAAACUCUACCAACCUUUUCUCAGUCUUUUGAAGACCAGGAUAGAUGAAGGAAUUGCCGUGUUUCGAAAGGAAAACGACGAACUUAUAAAGACCUCGUGUCAAGCACAGGCAAGGGAGCUAGUGGCUGAGUUUAGGCACAGCACUGGCUCAUCUAAACUCGCUCUGCCUCUCAAAGAUAGUGAACUAGACACCAGACUGAAUGAAGGGAAGACAAGAGCUGUUCAGGUGUUUGACGAGACACAGGCAGCGUUUGGUGACACGGCUGCCUUCGAUGAGGCCAAGAAUGAUAUCUCAGCUGAUUUGGAGGCAGUGUGUCAUCAGAGAAGGGAAGAAAACUACCAAGCAUACAUAAAAGAGGUCAAAGUUCCACUGGGCAUGGCCAAGAAGUUGAUUUUGCUAUCAGCUGAUAAAUAUGACACCUCAUUUUCAAUCAGUCAAUAUAUAAAGCAAGUUUGCCUGAUGAAUCUGGACGAGGAAAGGCUAAAAACUGGGAUGCACCACUAAAGGAGAAAAUAGUGGAAAAGUUCAUUCAAGAUUCGCAAGAACUUCAGACCCUCAUCAAGUCAAAAGAAGGCUUAUGGUCAAGUGUCAAAGGAUUUUUGCAAUGGAUCCAUUGGUUAUUGUUUGGGGACACUAGGUAACUAAUCUUUACUCCAUGACCACCUCCCUUCCUUUUGAUCAGGUAUAUAUAAUAUAUCAGCAAACCUAUGCCACAGUCACUUAUAAUCCCACUCUCUAAAUCCGUUGCUCGAAUUUUACGUUUUGCUGGGAAAAUAUUUUGCCAUCUCAUUAGUCAUUAGUACGCACAACAAAAAUGGUGUUAUGAAUGUACGGCAAUGCCAUCUAAGGGGCAGUUGGGGGAGGCGGAAGAGAGCCAUGUAUUAAUACAGCUGCAG